GUAAACAUCGUGUCUCUCUCUCUCUCUCUCUGUUCAGAUACAUACAUAUGUAUCAUUCCAUUAUCUAUAUCAGUAUAUAUAUGUAUGUACAUAUUUAGUUCUAGUUCUGAUAAGCUUCCUCUGGUGUCCUAUGAAGACCUCAUUCAUAUCUUCCAGUUCUAGGCCCCUGGGUUUAUGUUGAUUUAUUAUUACUACUAGUUCACACCCAUCGAGGGAUUCGGGGAUUGGACUCAUCAAGGCCUUGUUUGGCGCCUUGGGUUAAAACUUUCCCGCUUUCUGAUGGAAUUGGAAUGAUAUUCCUCUCUCUAGGUUUGCAGUGUGAACUCGUUGUCUGUCUGGCUAUCAAUAAAAAGAUGAAUACCAGAGUCCGGACUACAUUGCAGUCUAUGAAAGCUCCAAUGAAGCACGAAAAUAAGGUGAAAAUGCAGGGGAGCAGAGCAAUGGAUGCUGAGAAAGCAACCACUAGUCGAAGGGGCUCAAUCAGAGAGAAAAAAAUGGCAUUACAACAAGAUGUAGAUAAGCUAAAGAAGAAGCUUAGACAUGAAGAGAAUGUUCACAGAGCAUUGGAGAGGGCUUUCACCAGACCCUUGGGAGCCCUACCUCGUCUUCCUCCUUAUCUGCCUCCAUCUACACUAGAGCUUCUUGCUGAAGUGGCUGUUUUGGAAGAGGAGGUUGUUAGGCUUGAAGAACAGGUCGUGCAUUUCAGACAAGGCCUUUAUCAGGAAGCUGUUUACAUUUCUUCCUCAAAGAGGAAUAUGGAAAGUUCAGCUGAUUUAUAUGAUCCCUACCCAAUUAAGAAUUCCAAACUAAAGCAAUCCAAAUGAUGGGCGAGGGAAAGAGAGUGUUCUAAUUCUUCAAAGAACAAAUGGUCAUUGAAUUUGAAAAUACAAACAAUCAAGACUCCAGUAAAGAGACCUCCCAUUGAGGAUAGACCACCUGAGAGGUGCUUAGAUCCUCAAAAGUUAGAGCUAGAAUGCAGCGUUACAGACCAUGAAAGUGCAGAAGUGACAACUCCUAUUAUUCGAGAUGAAAGAUUAUCCGGAGAUGAUAGUCCAAACAAAAUCUCUGAGAACAUUUUGACGUGCUUAUCGAAUAUUUUCUUAAGAAUGAGUUCGUCAAAGAGUAGAGCCACAGCGGAUACAUUGCCCUCAUUUUCGGCAUUGACUUCACGUGACAACUCUGAGGCAACAGAGUUCAAGGACCCUUAUGGUAUCUGUUUAGAAUUUGGCAAGAGAGAUAUUGGUCCUUAUAAGGAUUUACUUGCAAUUGAAGCUACCUCAAUUAAACCAAACCGAAGAACAAAUUCUGUGUUUCUUGUUCGUAGACUGAAACUUCUCCUGGGGAAACUUGCCUCGCUCAGCUUAAACGGCCUCACUCAUCAGGAGAAGCUAGCUUUUUGGAUUAACACGUACAAUUCGUGCAUGAUGAAUGCAUUUCUUGAGCAUGGAAUACCAGACAGUCCUGAGAUGGUUGUUGAGCUAAUGCAGAAGGCAACAAUAAAUGUUGGGGGGCACUUGCUAAAUGCAAUCACCAUCGAACAUUUCAUCCUGAGACUGCCUUACCACUCAAAAUAUACCUUUGCGAAAGGUGUGAGAAACAAUGAGAUGAUAGCACAGAGUGCCUUUGCAUUGGAAUUGUCUGAACCGUUGGUAACAUUUGCUCUCUCUUGUGGAAGCUGGUCCUCCCCCGCUGUGAGAGUGUACACCGCUUCUCAGGUAGAAAACGAAUUGGAAGUAGCAAAAAGAGACUAUUUACAGGCAGCGGUUGGCGUUUCAACAAGAAGGAAGCUGUUAGGGAUCCCAAAGCUCUUGGAUUGGUAUCUACUUGACUUUGCAAAAGACUUGGAAUCAUUGCUUGAUUGGAUAUGCCUUCAACUACCAAGUGAACUUGGAAAGGAAGCAAUUAAGUGCCUUGAGAGAGGAAAAGGCGAGCCUCUUUCGCAGUUUGUUUGGGUUAGACCAUAUGAAUUUAAUUUCAGGUACCUAUUUCGUGCAUAAAAUAAAUCUUGCUUCAUUUGAUGUUU